CUCUCCAAGGUCCUCGGAGAGUAGUGACCACGUUCAACAGGAAACCUUGUCUUGGUAUUAACGCCGGUACCAAUAGUCACCUCUGGACUGCCUGUGGAGAUAAUUUUGAAGUUUUUGAGUUUCCUGCUAUGAAGUCCGUGCGUCGUAAUGUUUGUUCUUAUAGUAAUGGAGGGGGAGGGGCCUCAGCCUCAUCUGUAAAGGGUGAGGUUAUUAUAUACUCUGGUUUGAACAGGCAGGGGGUGUGGUCUGUUGCUAGGAGGAGCGCAGUGCUACGUCUAUGGGAUAUUAAAACUGGGGAAUUGAAAGCCUCGUUUAAUGUCCGGAAUAUCCUGAAAGGCGAGUUUAAUGAGAUUACUGCUCUAGUAGUGAGAGGUCAUGCAGUGUGGCUGGGUACCAGGAGUGGGUACUUGUUCCUUCUUGAUGCGUCUGCUAUUGAGAACCAGGAGCAAGAGACGGCCAUUAAAGGUUUCCAGUAUUGCGGGGACGGACGUGUGAAGGGGAUCACACCUUUUCCCUCGUCUUUAAAGGUUCUAUGUAGUAUAGAGUAUUCCGAUGAGGUUUCUGGCUGCAUUAUGGUGUGGGAGUAUCAGUCAACGUCUUCUAAAACUCAGGCCCUCAUAUCACCCACCCAGUCCUUACAGCCUGUGAACAAGUACAGGAUUGAGUCAGAGUUUCUGUGUGACUCUUAAAAUUAACCGGAGGACUUUUUUGUCAUUUUGUGUGAAUGUGAAAUUUUAAUAAAUCAAUAAAUUUAAUCAAUUAUUAUUAUUAUUAUUAUUAUUAUUAUUAUUUUGAUGCUCAAAGUGAUUUUGAAUAAUUUUAUUAUUGACACAUAAUUAUUGUUAUUAUAAUAAUUAUUUUAAUCAUGC